AUGUUGGUCUCCUUGACAGUUGGCAAGGUAGACGCAGGAGUCGCUGUACUCUUGACCCAGGACAACAGACUUAUCGAAUUCCCCUCCGUCCUUCUCCCCAGCAACAUCACGUCCGGUAGUAUCGUCGACAUCACCGUCGCGCGCAACCACACAGCCGAAUCCGCCAGUGCCGCCAACUUCCAGUCGCUCCAAAAACGCAUCCUCAAUACCUACGGCAUCAAGACCCCCACACCCCCGGUUCUCCGUCUCCGCAACGCAACCCAAACUUCCCUCGUCUUGGAAUGGGAACCUAUUGACCUAGCCACCGCAUCCCUGAAAUCACUCUCCCUGUACCGCAAUGGCUCUAAAGCCGGGUCCAUCCCCCGUCCGCUUGAGACGCGAAGCACCAAAAUUAGCGGUCUAGCCAUCCACACCGAAUACACCUUCCAUCUCGUCCUGCGCACCACCGCCGGCACCUACCAGUCGGAGAAGCUGACUUGCCGCACGCACAAGAUGACGGAUCUCUCCGGUAUCACGGUGACGGCGGGUGUCCUUCCCCUGCAACAGAAGGAUGCUCUUGCAGCUGCGUUGGAUCGCAUCGGUGGAAAGCUGAUCGACUCGGUCCGCAUUGAUACCACCCACUUUGUCUGUACGGAGGGGAGAGGCCCGCUCUGGGAGAAGGCCGUUGAGAUGAAUAUUCCCGUGGUCGUUCCGGAGUGGGUGGAUGCUUGCGAGGCCGAAGGCACUAUUGUCAGUGUUCGCGGGUAUUACCUGAAUGCUGACCCCAAGGCAAGACAGCUGGGCCCGAUUCACAGCUCUACGCAGCAUCAGCGAACGGUUUCUACUGCCACCUCGAACCUGGCGCCCCCGGCUGCGCAGGCUCAGACCCCAUCACGGCAGGCGGCGCAGGAAGACGAGCAGAACGUUGAGCCUCCGGUUACGCCGUUCCCGGGAGCCGAGAUGACCGGCCAGCCCAUCGCGGAAGAGAAGGAGGUGGGAUCGGACGAGAGUACAGAGUCGCCGCCACCUCCACCUCCGAAGGAUGAAGAAAAGGAGGAUGAAACUGCCGAGCAGAAUGGUGAUCACGAGACACCGCCAUCUCCGCCAGAAAAGGACGAGGACGAGGGCGAAGGCAAGGACGAGGAAGAGAAGACCGAAGAGAACACGCGAGAGCAAGAAGAGGAAGAGGAAGAGGAAGAGAAAGGCGACUCAUCAAAUACCAAAGAGCGCAAAUCAAAGGAGGGCGGAGAAGGAGACUUUAAUGAAGUCCCUCUGUAA